AGAAUGCCCACAUGCUCUUAAAAUAUGUGCUUUUUUCCGUAGAUACUGUCAUAUUUAACACAGCGCAUCACAGUAAUGCGUGAUAUUGGUGUUCUGUGUAAACGUUGGAAUCUAAUCCGGCUCUUAUUUAUGUUUAUCUGAGAAGUUUAGACGUUCGCCAUGGGGCUCACUAGCCUGGAGAAGAUCGUUGCACUACAGAAAAAUCCCGCUAACAUCAGAAACUUGUGCAUUCUGGCACAUGUCGACCACGGAAAAACCACUCUGGCUGACUGCUUAGUAGCGAGUAAUGGUAUCAUAUCAAGUCGACUGGCAGGGAAGCUGAGGUACCUGGACAGUAGGGAGGAUGAACAGAUCAGAGGAAUCACCAUGAAGUCUAGCGCCAUCUCUCUGCACUACAAAAACGGAGAUCAGGACUACUUACUAAAUCUGAUUGACUCUCCUGGUCACGUUGACUUCUCUUCAGAAGUUUCCACAGCUGUCAGGCUGUGUGAUGGAGCCAUUGUCAUUGUUGAUGCAGUGGAGGGAGUGUGUCCACAGACGCAGGUUGUGCUUCGUCAGGCAUGGCUGGAGAACAUCCGGCCAGUUCUGGUCAUCAACAAGAUAGACCGACUUAUCACUGAGCUGAAGCUCACCUCUCAGGAAGCUUAUACCCACUUGAAGAAGAUCUUGGAACAGGUGAACGCAGUGACAGGGAGUCUGUUCACAUCCAAAGUGCUGGAGGAGCGAGCAGAGAAAGAGAAGGAGGAAGAGGAGAAAGAGGAGAAAGAGAGCGAGGCUUUCAGUGAAGAUCAUGUUUAUGACUGGAGUUCUGGUUUAGAGAAGGCUGAUGACUCCUGCCUCUACUUUUCUCCCGACCAAGGAAAUGUGGUCUUUGCCAGCGCUAUAGACGGAUGGGGUUUCAGAAUCCAGCAGUUUGCCUCCAUCUACAGUCAGAAAAUGGGCAUUAAGGCAUCGGUGCUGCUCAAAACCUUGUGGGGGGAUUUCUACCUCAAUGCAAAAGCAAAGAAGAUCAUGAGGGGAGCUCAGACCAAAGGAAAGAAACCUCUGUUUGUGCAGCUUGUGCUGGAUAACAUUUGGAGUUUAUAUGAUGCAGUGGUCACCAGGAGAGACAAAGAGAAGGUGGAGAAGAUGGUGACAACCCUUGGAGUAAAGGUGAUGGCCAGAGACUUGCGUCACUCCGACCCUAAAGUCCUCUUGUCUGCCAUCUGCAGCCAGUGGUUACCUGUGUCUCAGGCUGUCCUCUCCAUGGUGUGUGAGAAACUCCCCAGUCCUUUAGACAUGGCAGAAGAAAGGGUGGAGAAACUGUUAAGUGUUGGAGCGCGGCGAUUUGACUCGCUACCUGAAAAGACACAGGAACUGAAAACAGCAUUCCUCCAGUGUUCGAGUGAUGAAAAUGCUCCCAUUAUCAUCUUUGUGUCCAAAAUGUUUGCUGUGGACACGAAGGCCUUGCCUCAACACAAACAGAGACCGUUAACUCAGGAAGAGAUUGCCGAGCGCAGAGAGCUGGCAAGACAGCGACAUGCUGACAGGAUGGCAGCUGAUCAGACGGCAGCGGAGAGCCACAAAAAGCUCACUCACUCGGAGAGUUUCCCACAGGAAGGCCAACCUGUGGUAGUCAGCACAACUAAGAUGGAGAGUCUGACACUGAAGGCAGAGGAGAAAGAGGAGCAGAAAGAGACGUUCAUAGCGUUUGCUCGGGUCUACAGUGGGAUUGUCAAGAAAGGACGGAGGGUAUUUGUACUGGGACCAAAGUACGACCCUGCCCAGGGCCUGAGCAUGCUGCCAGAGGGAUGCAGCGCUUCAGAUUGUGUGUCUGAGGUACCUCAUCUGUCCUGCUGUUCCUUGGAAAGUCUCUAUUUGCUGAUGGGCAGAGAGCUGGAGGAGCUGGAGGAAGUCCCUGCAGGAAAUGUGCUGGGUUUGGCAGGGCUGGAAGACUAUGUCUUAAAGUCAGCCACCCUCUCAACUGCUCCUGCAUGCCCACCCUUCAGCCCCCUCAACUUUGAGGCCACGCCUAUUGUACGAGUCGCCAUAGAACCCAAACAUCCAAACGAGAUGCCGAAGCUGGUGCAUGGGAUGCGUUUGUUGAACCAAGCAGACCCCUGUGCUGAGGUUCUGAUCCAGGAAACAGGAGAACACGUUCUAGUCACUGCUGGUGAGGUUCAUCUGCAGCGCUGCCUGGACGACCUCAGAGAACGGUUUGCUAAAAUUGAGAUCAGCGUGUCUAAGCCCAUCAUUCCAUUCAGAGAAACAGUGGUCCGUCCUCCUAAAGUGGAUAUGGUGAAUGAAGAUCUGGGCAAGCAACAGAAAGUUGCCAUCAUUCAUCAGGUGAAAGAAGAUAUCUCACAGGGACGUUUGUCUGACACCCUACAUGUGGACCCCAGUGGUCUGGUUACACUCACCACUCCCAACAGACUGGCCUCUGUCAGCGUCCGUGCAAUACCCCUACCACAGGAGGUAACCCAUCUGUUGGAGAGUAGCUCUGAGGUGAUUCGGACUCUGGAGAUGAUAAACAUGUCCCUAAAGGAGGGGAAAAGCCUGGAUGUCAGCCUCAGGACCCUGGAGGCCAUUGCUGGACUGAAGGCCCAGCUGGAGAGCCUGCUGCAGGGGAGGAAAUGGAGGAACGCUGUGGAACGUAUCUGGGCCUUUGGGCCUCGCAGGUAUGGUCCCAACAUUCUGCUGAACAGUGUGGAGGGCUACCAGCGGCCCUCAGUGUGGCAGUGUCGGGUCCGAGAAGACGUAGCUAGUGAAGCCGGAGCUCUACGAGACUUGGACAACAGCAUCAUCAGUGGCUUCCAGCUAGCAGCCAUGUCAGGGCCCAUGUGUGAGGAGCCCCUGAUGGGAGUUUGUUUUUCCGUGGAGAGGUGGGACAUCCAGUCUUCAGCUCCACCACAGCAUCAGGACUCAUUGGAUGAGGGCUCCAUUUCACAUGACAGAAAAGCGGAGGGAAACAGUGAGAUGUCUGCACUGGUGGAGGGCUUGGCAGCAGGGCCGAGCCAGGCCGGACGUCGGCCAGAGGCGUCCUCUGCAGACUGCUACGGGCCAGUCUCCGGGCAGCUGAUCGCUGCCAUGAAGGAGGCAUGCCGCCACGCCUUCCAGGCUCAGCCUCAGAGACUCAUGGCUGCAAUGUAUACCUGUGAGAUCAUGGCCACUGCAGAGGUGUUGGGCCGAGUUUACGGAGUACUGGGGAAGCGAGAGGGUCGCGUCCUCCAGGAAGAGAUGAAGGAAGGGACGGACAUGUUCAUCAUCAAGGCUGUUCUGCCUGUGGCUGAGAGCUUCGGAUUUGCAGAUGAGAUCCGCAAGAGGACCAGCGGAUUGGCUAGUCCACAGCUGGUCUUCAGCCACUGGGAGGUCAUCAGCAGUGAUCCAUAUUGGGUUCCCACCACAGAGGAAGAAUAUCUGCACUUUGGGGAGAAAGCUGACUCCACCAACCAGGCCCUGAAAUACAUGAACGCUGUCCGCCGCCGCAAAGGUCUCUACGUGGAAGAGAAAAUAGUAGAGCAUGCAGAGAAGCAGAGGACACUUGGCAAGAACAAGUAGAGGAGAAACCACACAGAAGAAACCCCCUAUAGGCUGACAGUGGCAUCCAUCUUACCAGGACUGCAGGCACGUACUGUAGAGCGUGGAAUGUGCUCUUCUAUCAGUCAUGUCAUGCACACAUGCAGGUCUGAUUUCAGAGAUGCUGUCAUUAUGAAUCACCACCAAGUUGUAACAAAUAGCAUUUUCUAUGCAGCAACAUACAUUUGACAGCAGACACAUGUGAGUUUGUGGAUUGAGGUGAAUUAUGCUAAAAAUUUAGCAUCAUAAAGUUAAUUAACUUUUUUAAAAUAGAUAUCUUCUUUAGGAAAAUUUAUGUUCAUGCAUAAAAAAGUGUGUGUGCAAUAAAUACUGACUGAAUAAGAUGGCCCUUUCCAACAGAAAAUGAUAAAUAAAUUUGUGUUGGAAUUUUU